CGGACGACCAGAGGGGUGGGGGUGGGGCAUUCUGUGUGGCACAGUUGAGAAGGCAUGGAGGUUUUGUUUCCACUCUCAAGGUAGGGUCUUGCAUUUUAGAGUUUGCAGUCCUUCAUGAUUAUAUCAGCCUAUGAUGUCGGAAGGACUUUAGCCAAGGUGCACUGAAGCUGAUGCUGUGGAAAGAAGUCACAGAGAAAGGACACUAUCUGAAGGAUAACAGAUCAGAAAGACUGGAAAGGACACAGCCAGAGGCUGUGCCUCUCACAGGUAGACAGUAGCCACCCUUUAUGCAGCCAGAAGAGAUCUGGAGCUAAUGCCUGUGACUGAGGGUCUGUGUGUCAGGGAGAGCUGCUGCUGAUGGACGCAGGCCACCCACCAUCAGCUGAUUCACAAUGGCCAUAUCCAUGGCAGCUUCUUUGAGACACUCUGCCUCCUUGUCUUCUCUGCAGAAAUACCAAGUGGUUACCUACGAGGCUGGCCAAGUGUUUCAGACUUGGGCUCCCCACGUGAAGGACUUGAGGCGGGCACUGGUAGCACCAGGACCUCUGUGUGUCAGGUUAGGGGUUUUGUUGCUGUUGGUACUGAUUUUCUUGCCAAGCUUGUACUGUGACCCUGGAUCUGUAUAUUACUCUUCUUAUGAAACAGUCAUCCCCAAGAGUCUGACAGCCAAGGGAAGGGAAGACCCAGGGGAAAAGGCAUCCUAUGUACUAUUAAUGCAGGGCCAGAAACAGGUGAUUCACCUGAAGGUGAAGAGAGACUAUUUUGUGAGUAAUUUUCCAGUCUUCAGCUACCACAAUGGUGUCCUGGGGCAAGAAAUGCCUUUCAUCUCGCAUGACUGUCACUAUGAAGGCUACAUAGAAGGAGUCCCAGGUUCUUUUGUUUCUCUCAACACCUGUUCGGGCCUCAGGGGCAUCCUGAUUAGGGAGGGAAAACCCUAUGGCAUUGAGCCCAUGGACACUUCAAAACGGUUUGAACAUGUGCUGUACACCAUGGCACACCAAGCUCGAGUCUCCUGUAAUGUCACUUCCAAAGGCAGCCAAGUGGUGUCCACCAGCCGGCAACAAGGGAGCAGGGAGCCUCGCAGUCUACAGGCACCGUCCUCCUUUUGGUCACACACCAAGUACGUGGAGAUGUUUGUCGUGGUCAACCACCAGCGGUUCCAAAUGUGGGGCAGUAACGUCAAUGAGACAGUCCAGAGAGUAAUGGACAUCACCGCUCUGGCCAACAUCUUCACUAGGGGAAUAAACACAGAGGUGGUGUUGGCUGGAAUGGAGAUCUGGACCGAGGGGGACCUCAUAGAAGUCCCAGCGGACUUGCGAGUUACACUCAGGAAUUUCAAUAGCUGGAGACAGGAGAAGCUGUUCCAUCGUGUGGAGCACGAUGUUGCCCACAUGAUCGUUGGACAUCAUCCUGAAGGGGAUGCGGGGCAGGCAUUUCUCAAUGGUGCCUGUUCGGGAGGCUUUGCAACAGCCGUUGAAUCCUUCCAUCAUGAAGAUGUCCUCCUGUUUGCAGCGCUCAUGGUCCAUGAGCUCGGGCACAACUUGGGUAUUCAGCACGACCACUCAGCCUGCAUUUGUAAAGAUAAACACUUUUGCCUCAUGCAUGAAAAUAUCACUAAGGAAAGUGGCUUCAGCAACUGCAGCUCUGACUACUUCUACAAGUUCCUCCGGGAGCAUAAAGGGGCCUGCCUAUUUAACAAGCCUCGGCCCAAAGGUCGCCUGCGUAGGCAAGCCACAUGUGGAAAUGGUGUGUUGGACUACAACGAGGAAUGUGACUGUGGACCUGACUGUGGUAAUAACCUUUGCUGUGACCAAACAUGUCGGUUGAAGGAGCAGGCACAGUGUAAUGAUGGACUAUGCUGUUUUAAUUGCCAGUUCAGACAUAAAGGAUUCAUGUGUCGUUCUGCUUUGGGAGAGUGUGACCUCCCAGAGUAUUGUGAUGGUUCUUCUGGUAAAUGCCCCACAGACCUCUAUAAGCAAGAUGGUACACUGUGUGAUAUAAUUCACUAUUGCUUUAGAGGCCGGUGUAAGAACCCUGAUAUUCAGUGCAUGGAUAUAUAUGGUUCCCCUGCAGUGUCUGCUCCAGAAGACUGUUAUAUUUCUAUGAACAGCAAAGGUAACCGGUUUGGGAACUGUGGCUUUGGGGCCUCACCUAGGUCAAAAUAUGUUAAGUGCUUUGAUGAGAAUAUAUUUUGUGGGAAACUUGUUUGUACAAAUAUUAGACGGAUACCAGUAAUCAAACCCUAUCAUACACUGAUCCAGGUCCCUUAUGAAAAAGACUUCUGCUGGAGCAUGGAUGCCUAUAACAUCAGUGAUAUCCCUGACGAUGGAGAUGUGCACACUGGCACUCUCUGUGCCCCACACAAAGUCUGCAUGAAUUACUCUUGCACUGAUCAUGUCGUACUCAAGUACGACUGUGAACCAAAAGAAAUGUGUAAUGGGAGAGGAGUUUGCAACAAUUUAAAGCACUGCCAUUGUGAGGCUGGCUAUGCCCCACCUGACUGCAAAGCUCCAGGAAAUGGUGGUAGUGUGGACAGUGGUCCCCCCAGCAAAUCACCUAAUAAUGAAAAUCUAAGUGCAGGAGGAAUUGCCAUUCCUACUAAACGUACAAGUGAAAUGAAGAUUCUUGGCAAGGUAAUUUUCAUACUCCCCGCAUUUCUUUUACUAUUAUUGUUGAUUUUAAUAUUUUUCAUUAGCCUUAGGGCUGGAAUUGAGUCAAUAGAGACUCCAGGGGGAUCCUCAGAGGUGACCUCAGAGACCACAACGACUACUGAGGCAACAGAGUUCCUAACACAGGACUUAGGAAAGAACGUUGCAAAUGUUUCAGAGAUGGGUCCAGAGAAGGAGCCACAGGAAGCCCAACCACCAGAGGAGCCCUCCCCACCGCAGGAGGAGCUGUUUCCACAGGAGGUGCCCCCACCCCAGGAGGCCCCCCAACCACAGGAUGCACCCAAACCACAGGAGACCCCCAAACCAAAGGAAGCCUCACCCCCAGAGGCCUCUGCAACCCUGGACACCCCACCCCCAGACGCCCCUCCACCCCCGGACUCCCCUCUACCCCCCGACACCUCUCCACCCCCGGACAUCCCUCCACCCCCCAAGGCCCCACUGCCUGAAGUCCCAGGAGAGCCUGUACCAUAGAGGUAGCAGGUGAAGGACAGGAAAAAUCAAAGGCAGAAGAAUAGUGGAGGAAGAAGC